AUGAAACUGGAACCAGCAUCACUCAAUACCUAUAGUAAUACCAAAAAUCGUAGUCUAAACUACAGCUGCAAUCAAACCCUAGACAUGAUCUCAUAUCUUGAGAUCCAAAAACGAGACCUAAGUACAACAAACCUUCUAUUACUACUUACUCAUUUUGAUAAUCCUCGACAAGACGACAUCAAGCAGACUCGCGUUCAAAGCCGACAUAAAAUCUCUCAUCGGAUUCUCACUUCUAAAAAAAGGAAGCUAUACAAUACACCCAAUAAUACAGAACUAGUACAUUUAUAUUACCAACGAAAGCAAAGAUGUAAAUCGGAUGCAGCUAAAGAAACUAAGAUUGAUAUCUAUUAG